UGGUGGAUGAUUGCACGCCUCUUCCUGCUGCACUCCCAGUCCUCCCUGUAUACAGAGCACUUUGUAUUGCUCAGGAAAAGGAGGAGACAUCGGGGUUCUCUGGCAGGAGCGGGAUCGGUGUAUUUCAGCCUUGUACGGUUGCAUACACACCAUCGAGAGCUCUGUGGAUCAAGGCAACCUGGGCUGCAUGAGGAUUGCUGCACCAGGUGCAAUGUUUUCCCUGGGAAGGUGCAUACUCAUAGUGCAGUUGCAUUGCUGCUCAGAGGAAGCACAGUGAGGUGCAGAGUGGGGGUGCUUGUGCCUGAGAUUGUUGCCCUCCCUCCCUUCCAUUGCAUGGUCCUCAGUAUCAUCACCUGCUGCUCCUAGUCUGGGACUGACCCUCUACAUGUGCUUGCUGGGAGCUGUCACUCAUUGAUCAGCUGGAGAAGUCUAUGGGAAGGCGCUGAGCCUGACACCCGUGCUUUAGGUGACCCUCCCGGCUGGAUCGGUGCCUGGGAGCGCUGCUGUAUGCACAGCCCUUGCCGGACACGGUGAGCCGCGCAGGAACAUGGACAGGCGGUGAGGAAGCAUGGUCUACCCCGGGCCGGUCUCCCUCAUCACGGAGCUGCUCCUAGUUACGGUGAUUCUGCAGUCAGCAGGAAAGGAAACUGGACUGUGGUUUACAGGUCAUGGGUACAACCUGACAGUAUCUCAAGGUCAUGAAGCCAAGCUGAACUGCAGCUUACUGGGCAUCGAGGAGCCAGAAAUCCAGUGGAUGAAAGAUGGAGUUCCGUUACAGAGCGCCGACCAGAUGUACAUUCCAGAGGCUGAAGAUCAUUGGAUCAGCUUCCUCAGCUUGAAAAAUGUGGAGCGUCCUGAUUCUGGAAGAUACUGGUGUGAGGCAGAGUACCAUGGAUUGAAGGCAGAGUCAGAUAGCAUCUGGAUUGUGGUGGAAGGUAUCCCAUAUUUUACCACGGAGCCGAAGGACCUGGCUGUGUUACCAAACACCCCUUUUAAUAUUUCUUGCGCGGCUGUUGGACCACCAGAGCCUCUGACUAUUAUAUGGUGGAUGGGAGAUUCCCCAGUUUUCAGGAAACCAGAGAACUCCCCGUCUGUUCUGGUUGUACCCGGGAUCCGGCAAAAUACUGUGUUCUCUUGUGAAGCUCACAACUCCAAGGGGGUCUCAUCAUCUAGAGCUGCUAUUGUUCAUGUCAAAGGACUGCCUCAUCCACCAUACAACUUGAACUUGACUAAAGUGACCAGCACCACUGCCACUGUGACGUGGACCCCCGGGUUUAACAACUAUUCUCCCAUCCUGUUUUGCACAAUGCAGGUUCUUGUAUCACAUGAUCCUUAUGAAAUGUAUUUGCAGUAUAUCAACAUGUCGCUUAGUUCCACUGUCUUAGAAGAACUUAAGCCACUGACCAAUCACAGCAUCCGUCUACAGUGUGCUAAUGAAGUGGGACCUUCACUCUUCACUGAUUGGCUGUCUUUUCAAACCUUGGAAUCAGUUCCUCUGCUUGUGCCACAGAAUGUCCAUCUGACCAGGACCGACUCAGGAUUGAUGCUAGAAUGGGAGGAGGUUGCACCAGGGCUGCAAAACUACAGCCUGCUGGGAUAUAAAGUUCAGUGGGAACAGGAGAAUGUGACGCAAGGAGAAGUGUUUGUCCAGGGAAACCAAGCCAAUCUGACCGUCUGGGAUCCCCAGAAAGAUCUAACAGUCCGGGUGUGCGUGGCUAAUUUCGCCGGCUGCGGACCUUGGAGUGAUUUUCUUCUUGCGGCUUCCAAAGAAGAGGCCGACCGGCAAAGACACCCUCAUACUAGGAUGUCCUGGGUCCCUCUGGUUUUGGGCAUCCUCACUGCCUUGGUCACAGUUGUGGCUAUGACAUUAAUCUUUCUGCGAAAGAGAAGAAAAAAAACAAGAUUUGGACACAUGUUUGGAACGAUGUUGGGUCGGGGAGGUCCGAUGAUCCAGUUUACAGCGGCCAGGUCCUUUAACAGGAGGGGGACAGAGAUGAUGGAAGCAACAUUGGACAGUAUUGGGAUAAGUGAUGAACUGAAAUCCAAACUGACAGACGUCCUCAUACAACAGCAGCAGUUUACCUUGGGACGGACAUUAGGAAAAGGAGAGUUUGGUUCUGUCAGGGAGGCGCAGCUAAAGAUGGAUGACUGCUCACUGCAGAAGGUUGCUGUGAAGAUGUUAAAGACGGAAAUUUUCUGCUCCAACGAUAUUGAAGAAUUCUUGAGAGAAGCUGCUUUUAUGAAGGAGUUUGACCAUCCAAACGUCUGCAAAUUAAUAGGGGUGAGUUUGAGAAGUCGUACCAAGGGAAGACUGCCGGUUCCGAUGGUGAUUCUACCAUUCAUGAAGCAUGGUGAUCUUCACACGUUUCUGUUGAUGUCACGCAUUGGAGACGAGCCAAUUACUCUGCCAGUACAAACCUUAAUCAGGUUCAUGAUUGACAUCUGCAGCGGGAUGGAAUAUCUCAGUGCGAAAAACUUCAUACACCGAGAUCUCGCCACCCGCAAUUGCAUGUUACAUGAGGAUAUGACAGUGUGUGUUGCAGAUUUUGGCCUCUCCAAGAAAAUCUACAGUGGGGACUAUUACCGACAAGGAUGUGCGUCUAAGCUUCCUGUGAAGUGGUUGGCGCUGGAGAGCCUGGCAGACAAUGUUUAUACAGUGUACAGUGAUGUGUGGGCCUUUGGUGUCACACUCUGGGAGAUUGUGACCCUGGGACAAACCCCUUACGCUGGUAUUGAGAACUCUGAAAUCUACAGCUACCUCGUUGCUGGGAAUAGAUUGAAGCAGCCGCCGGACUGUCUGGAUGAGCUGUACGAGAUGAUGUGUCAGUGCUGGAUCACUGACCCCAAGCGGAGACCCUGCUUUUCGGACCUGAAAAGACACCUGGAAGCUAUUUGGGGACGUCUGUCCAUGCUAUCGGCUAGUCAAGACCCACUGUAUGUAAACCUCACGGAGACCUGUGGAGCCUCCGCAGCAGACUCUAUUUUGCACUCUGCUUUUAAUGACGAGGACGACUGCUGUGCGGACACUUCACAGCCAUGUGGCGCGGCAGCAGUCAAUAGCGACUAUCGUUACAUUGUGAACCCUGGGUGCCUUAGAGAAGCAAAUGAGUGGCCUCAAAACACACAAACCCCGGAAGCUAGAGGUCUCCUAAAUGGAGAGGAUGAAGAUGAAGAAGAAAUUCAGGAAGCUUGUGUUGUCAUUAACCUUUAGUACAAACUUCUUACCACUGCAAAGAGACUUACAGCAGGCUGUGAUACCUUUUAUAGCACCAAGACUAUAGUGGUCCCUUCUAAAGCCAUGUCAUGUGACUAUAUCAGCAGCAAAUGAUACAAAGGAUCCUGGUGGGCAAUGGUAUUGGUUACUAUUAAUUUCAGUCAUUCAGAGUCAACCAACAGAUAUUUUUUUAUCAUCGGAACCGAUUUACCUUUUUUGUUUUCCAGUAUUGGCACCAUAUACCAUUAUACGAAAUCUUAUCAGUUGACUGCGAGACAUGUCUUAACGUACAGAUUCAUAUUUAAGAAUAAUGAUUUUGCCCAUAUUAAAGUAAUUCAUAGGCGUUCCUAUGACGACUAGAUGUAUAUAUUUUUUUUUAUGUGAAUAAAGAUCAUAGUUAGCAAUCUCUUCUUUCUGUCUACUUAAAUGGUAUCACAGCCUUACCGUGCUCUCUACGUGUUCAAGUACGGCCUCCCUUCUUCAUAUGAAGCCCCAGGUCAACUUCUCAAUGCAAUAUCUGAAAAAGUACAAACGUUGGAGAAAGCCCUGAUAUCUUCAGGUGCAUUGACUUUUCUUUUUAAGAAACUUUGACUAUACAGAAUGGGGAACGGAGGGAGAACAAUCACCUCAUUACUGAUGAUUUCAGCUGAAAGAAAUGGUGAUUGCAUCACUAUAGAUUUCUGGUUACCCUAGGAAAAGCUGUUUGGCUGCAUGUCUCGUAUCUAACUAACCUGUGUUGGGGUGGAGGGGGUUUUCCAGCUAAGCGAACAAAUGUUGUAACUUUUAUGCUUCCAGAACCAAAAUAAUAUUUUUCUAGAAA